UACGCUGCUCUUUCGCGGUGGCACAAGCUCAUUGAAAGAAAGAAGAAAGUGUCUUCUGGAAGAUUGUGACCGGCUCGGCGAUGAAGGACGAUGGGACGGAACAACCAGUCACACCAGAACCAAACUCACCGUCUCAUCAUCAGGCAUUAUCUUCAGUCAAGGAACGAUUCAACGUCUUCCACAAAUGCGGGCUCAAUACGCAGACUCUUGUUUUGUUUCUUACCGCGGCAUGCUUGUGCGUCAACUCUGUUGUGUUCCUGCUCCAUUGCUUCGGCUGGGUGAGAAACAAGGAGUUCGACGGCAGACGCCUUGAAGGAGGCUGGAUCUUCGAUGCCCUCUUCGGCUUGGAGUACCUGCUAGACGCCAUCAGCGAUGCCGUACUCAUAGCGGGAAUUGGUCUCGAGGAUCCUGGCAGUCGUCAUGGUGGUCGAAAGGUCUUCCCGUACAUUUUGAAGAGGUUCAUCGCGUGGAACACCGUGUCUAUAGUUUUUGGCUGGUGUGCUUCCUGCUCAUUAGCUUAUGUGAGGGAGGUUCAGUACGACGGGCAGUACUCCUACUUUUCCAGCAACGGGACGAGGCCAGCAAACGCUACUGCAGAGACGCAGCAAAAGAAUGAUGACUCCAGCUCUAUUCCAACCUACGUGGUGGUCGACCUUGUCUUCACCGUGCUAGCGUUCAUGAAGCUCUGCAUCCUAUACGGUGUCUACUACAUGUACCUGCGUAGCCUUCCAGACGCAAACGAAUCUCCCCAGCUCUUCGUCAAGACCUCCCUGUCGUCUUUAGCUCAAAGCCCAAGGUCUCACCGGCCAUCGCGGACGGAAAGUGGCAGGUGGAAGGUGUCACCGUUUCCCUCCUGGGGGGCACCCACAGUGUCCACUUACUGUCCGGCACCCGAGUGGAGUUCCAAGACAGACCGCGUGAACCCUUUCCCCGAAGGCGGGACUCCCGCACAACGCAGUGUCUACGCCAUCGCAAGUCCAAAGCCUGCGUAUUCGUUUGACCAGUUAGGGAAGUCCAAGGAUGAACCACUGCCGGUUUUGCCGGCUGCUUCGGGCCCUACUUUGGGUCAUGCUUUGCCGGCAGAAGUUCGCCCAUCGCAGCUUGAUGUACGUGAAGCACCACACCAGUACGUUCCCACGCAGGCUGUAGCGAUGGAGCAGCCAGAAGUUGAGAGCUCAGAGUCUCAACAACUACCACCCUUUUUUGUCACGCCCAACAACAAAUAGGACGCCAUUAAUGUUCCGUGUUUGAUGUGCAAUUGUAAUCUAUAGUAAUUGUAUGCCAGCAAUAAAAAUUGAGAAUUUUGGUUAUUCCUGCAAUAA